CAGCUCGACUGAAACCACACGCGAUAUAUAGCUGCUGUCUUUCCGCAUAGAGAAAUCUCCAUCUUUGUGUCCCGAGUGCGAACGCUUUUAGUGCCGUGCUAAACGGUGAUUGUGACACGAAUUCACGCAUUUUCUGUCCCGUGUGUUACCCCGUGAACAGGAAAAAAGGGGAAUAAGUUACUGUGCUUCACAGUUUUAGCCAGCGCUAUACCAACGCCGUGAAGCGCACGGAGAGAGUGUGAAAAAAACGGAAGGUAGCCAAUAUCCGCCGAUUGGUAUCCUUACGAAGCCCAACAUCAUUCAAUCCAUCCGAAGGCAACAAAAUACACAAUCAACGAGGAUUCGCUCGCGACGGCUGCAGCGUAGCCAGUGAACAACCGGGCUCGGAACGUCGUUGGCCCCUAAGCCAAUAUCUUUACUGCUGCUAAACAACUUGGAGCCACACACACCACACAGGACGCCAAGGGCUCAUCGGCAGCUGAUUUAGGCUCAAGCACAAGCAAGCAGAGGGUGGGCUGCUUGCGGUAGCAGACGACGACGACGACGGCAAAAGCACGCACAGAGUGAGCUCAGAAGGCGGCGGAUGGUUGGAGUGGCGUUGAAGGAGAAGGUCAGUGGAGGCGGUGGUAGCGGUGGCUCAACCAUGUCACGCAGCGUACGGGCGGAAACGCGCGCCAGCAAGAAGGAUGACGUGAAGAAGCUGAUGCUGUCGAUGGACCGGGUGCGCCACUGGGAGAAAAAGUGGGUAACGAUCGGCGAAACCUCGAUGAAGAUCUACAAAUGGGUUCCGAUCUCGACGAACGAGAAGAAGAAACCUACGGUGGCCGCGGCGGUGGCUGCUGCCGCUGCCGCCGCCGCCGCUGCGGUUGCUGCAGCUGCCCUCUCCGAUGCAAACAGUGCUGAUGCGGCGUGUGUAGGAACCGGCACUGGGACCGUCUCCUCACCGGCCACCGGUCCCCAGCAGCUGCUCAGUGGGAAGACGGCCGGCACGGGGGGCUUGAACGGAGGACCGAUGGGCACACAGCCGCCCGCAUCCCAGGGCCACGGCUCCACCGUGGGUCAUGUCAAUAACAGCAACACCAACACCAACAACAGCAACAGCAGCGAAAACAAGGAAAACAACCGCAAGCCGACCGGCACCGACUCAAACUCAAACUCGAACUUUGGGCUGGCCGAGGACUCGAACACCUGUUUUUCCAUCGUUAGCGACUCUCAGGGAGCCACCGAUUUCGUCUCCAACAUGUUCUCGGAGGACUCCAACUCCCAGGGCAGUGACAGCGUGCCAAAGCGGCUUAAGAUCGAGUGAAGUGGAGUGUUCCGUGAGGCCCGCGGAAGCUGCUUUACGUACUGGUCCUCCACUCCCUCUUGCUCUCGCCUAUCGACCCUCGAACCAAGGCUCCCCAUCCUUUUACCAACAAAUUGUACAAAAAACUCUGUGUCCAUGUGUGAGUAUACGUAUGUAUGUGUGUAUGCGUGUACGUGUGGGUAAUGCGUACCAGAAUGUUUGUAUACGCGUGUAGAACCGAUUGUUUUCGCAAAAUGAGCAGGGUGACAUGGAGACUGGGUGAGGGGCACUGGUUCCAUUUCAUCGCUAUAGGGAUGCGGCGGAAUAGGACGCAUGGAGGACUUUCCGAAGUAUCCAGAAGAUUAUGCUCUUUUUACCUUAUACUUAAAUACUUCAGUUUCGAUCGAUCAAGUUUGUUUUUUUUUACUUUUUAUGCAUUUGAAUAUGAGCUUUACUUAUCAAGUGAGCAUUAAAUCCUAGGUUUAGCGAUGUUAGGUUAGCAAGAUGCCCCGGUCAUUGAAUUUUAUUGAGGCAACACAAGUCGUUGAAGGACGCCAGAUCAAGCAAUUUUUGAUAUGUCCCUUUUUAUUUUAAAUGCAUUCGAACAAGAGAAAGCGAGAGAUAAAUUUCAUUAUUAACAUAUUAUAUUAGCGAAAGCGUGUGUGAGUGUGUACACAUGCGCACAGACAAUUUCACACAUCUAUCAAGCGAUACUCCACGCUUCACUUGAUAAGAGAAUGCGGCACCGCAGCCCUUUCCCUUAGGCAAAGACUAGAUUAGGGGAGGCACGUUCAGCCGGGCUUAGGGACGCAUCGGGCAAGCAUUAUUGUACUUUACACCUUACUGCACAUUGCACGCAGCUAUAAAAAGGAUAAAAACGGCAACCGACAACACUGGCGACAUCCUCUACAGACGAGCUGUGGAGAGCCAGCCAUUAGGCACCUUUAAUUUGCCAGCUAGCCCCAAAUAGGAGUGAAUAAACUACAGCAACGUAUAUACAUAA